UCCUUGAUUCUAUUUAUACUAUGAAACACACAUGGAAAAGAAAAUUUGAAAAUAUUAAAUCUGGAAGAUGACUUUGUGGAGGGCCUGCUGUCUGUUUAGAAGGUAUCCAGCUCAACAGGUCCACCUGGUUGCUAGGUCAAUAUCAUACACUCCAAGUGUGUGUACUGCAGAAGCCCAGGCAGUGACUGUGCACAAGUAUCCGUCCACACCAAAGCUUGCUGAAAAAAUUGCUGAUGACCGAGGGUGCCCGCUGUGCAGAGCUGGUCUGCAAAAGUUUGGCUAUCGCGAUGUGCUCCUCUUGAGGCAGUUCCUUACACCAGACGGCUACCUGAUCGGUCGAAGGCUGACGGGGGUGUGUCCUAAAAUGCAGCGACGAAUCACCAAAACUAUCAGACGCUCCAGAAAACUCGGUCUGCUGCCAAAUUUUGAACUGAAGAACUCUCCAGAACUCAGCUCUAGUUAGGUUAACAUGCUAAUGUCAUCAUUAAUUUAUAACAA